UUUUAUUGUUAUACUAAGCUUUAUACGGCACCGUGUUACUGUUGGUUGUUGAACAAUAAAAAUAAUUUGAUUAAUCACUUGGAUAUGGCUAAUUGCAACAUAAUCUAUAUGUCUUAUCACAAGGUCUUAAGAGCGAACAUGCUGUAACGACUUUAUAGAGGAAACAAAUUGGACGAGCUUCGCGCACGCGUAUUUAAAAUAUACACGACUCUCUUACACAUAUGAGCUGAAACUUGGAGAGAACGAGAUGUAAGAAAAUUAUAGUAACACUCGAAAAACACAUGACUUGCUGCUCGUAACAGAAGUGGUUUCGAUGUUUUUAAAUUAGUCGUGUUAUACAAUCGAAAACUUCUAUAAUGACCUAAGACUGAUAUUGCAAUUUCAACUGUAUUGAUACACGUUAUGGUUGAAAUUAGUUUAUCGUUGUUUGACGGCUGGUGUCGGUCGCCAUUUUCUAUAAUGGCGGCGAGUAGUGCGACAUCUAUCUCGACUUUAGUGUCAUCGCUAACUCGCGUAGCGUGUGGACGUCGCGGCUGCCCGUCGGUUCUUAUUGUUUGAUACAUAAUCAUAGAAAAAUGACAACGGAAAUUGUUCCAAAUACUGAAAAAAUGAUAAAUAACUCUGUUAACUCGUUAUAAAAUGCGUAGUAGCCGUAGCAGGUUAUAAUACACGACUAUUAUGUAGUAAAAUAAUGAAUUUCACACACCGCCGCAGUCUUGAGUUCGAAUUGUAGUGAACUGUGUUGUGGAAUCGAUUUUUAGGUGUUAUUAAUGAAAUUACCAAGGUGCUUGUGGUUAUAUUGUUACAUAAAAGAUCCUGUUGGUUCGGACAACGCUUCACGAGCUUUUCUAUUGUGGAAGCUCGACUCGCGUAGAAUCGAUAUUACUUAAUAAAAAAUGCAUAUUUUCCCUAUGGUUUCAUAAAGGCUCGGGUCAAUAUCGUACCGGUUAUUGCAAUACGAAUGUUUUUUUAAUAAACAACGUGGUUCCGGAGGCAGUUAAAGUGAUUUUAUUUUAGUGAAUAGUGUUUGUACUGGAAGAUUUGUUGUGCAUUCAAGUUUUCAAUCAAAACCAGGUCCCGGCGAAUGUGUUCGCCCCGCAGGACUAAACGUUAUGUGAUAGUGCCCUUACUGUCGGCCAUUUUGUAACCAUGGCCGCCAUCUUGAGCGCGGCGCUGCUGCUCGCCUUCGCUGUCUAUUCUACACAAGGUGGAGGCUGCACGUUCCCCGAGUCCUGGACGGGCGCCUGGUUCCAGUCCGGAGUUCCGGGGCUGGUGUCGAUCAACCAGACACACAUACAGUCUAAAGGAGAGUGCUCGGAGACGGAGAGCUAUGAUAAAUUCCUCUUGUAUGACAGGACUGACGACUGCUACAGGUGUAUGGUAAUACACGAAAAGCACAGAUAUGUUUUGCAGUAUAAAGAAACAUAUUGCUCACCAAAAGAGACCUUGUCAUCGCUCUGCGACACAAUCACAGGCGACGCCGCGUUAUACUCCAUGUUCCGCAAGGACCCCGCGCCGACGCCGCAGCCCUGCCCGUUCAGACCUGCGCCGUUCACGUUUACAUAUAAUCGCGGCGCCGGGGACUGCACGAACCCGCCGUCGCGAGCCGAGUCGUGUACAGACGACUCGAGGCUGCUGCUGCGGUAUAUGGCGUGCCCGGACGUUCAGGCCACUGAGAGUAAUGUGGAGGAGCUAGUGUGCUUGGCGACGUGGAAGGAAGGAUCCACGAGAUACUUGGUGGGCAAGAUAUCGCAAGUGCAGCGACGGAACGCUUUGGCCUCCGAUGAAGACACAUACAGAUGCUUCAUCUAUAAAGGCCAACAUAGUGACAAAACUAUGACGUAUUACAUCGCCCAGUCCGGAGACGCAACGUGUAAUGGACUGUCGUCACCGACCGACGGCAGUCGGACCAUGAGACUGACUAAUAGUGACGACGAGCACAAUCGCUGCCACUUCCCAAGUUGGAUAGUGGACCAUCACAAAUGGUACAGCUUGGAUCACACCCACCAGUACCACUUUACGACCAAGAACGCUACGCUAAAGAUAGCGAAUGCGGAUGGACAGAUGGAGGAGAAGCGCCUGGUGUGCCACUCCAUCCUGGAGCAGAAGGAAAAGAAGCAUAUAAAGCUUGUAGCACACGUUACUAAGGGAUGUGAAUCCGGGCACGUAUGCCUGGUGUUCCACCGGCGCUCUGCGCACGUGCUGGAGCUGCGCUCGGGCGCCGGGCUGUGGGAGUCCCCGCAGGACGCCUGCGCCGAGCCCGAACAGGAGCCCUCCAUCACACUCAUCACGACCUCUUUGACUCCGGAACGGUGUCCAAUCUUCGGCCGGUACAGUGUGGUCAGCUCUUUAGCGGACUCCAGGCGGAGACGGCAACAGAUGAAUAAAGGAGAUCCUGAAAGCACAGAGAUGGAACCAAAAUGCGUUCCGGGUGUGUACGACAGCGCCAGCAUAGGGUGCGGCGCGGCCCAAGACAGCAUCGAGUUCAAGUCCGCUUGCCCCAGUACUGUAUACACGUGCUAUGGUAGCUGGCAGUCAGGUGGCACCGGCUACGUGGUAGCAGCCCCAGCGCAGCCGCGUAGUACGCGCCUGCGCACUGUUUGUAUCGUUUACGAACAUCACAAUAACAACGAGACCCACGGCGGCACGCUGUCGCUCAGCAUCGUGUCGCGCUCGUGCGGCCGCGCGGCGCCCGGCGCGCCCGACAAGGCCUACAACCUCACACUCAACGGUACAUGCGAGCAGAGCAGCAAGUACAACAGCCUGGCGCAGCGCCUGGCGCCCGCGACGCUGCUGCUGGCGCUCGCGCUGGCCGUCAGAUGAUACGGCGGCCGCUAGAGGGCGGGGGGGAGUUCUAUUAACCUACUUAAUGUGUAAUGUACACGCUGUUAAUUGAUUAUCGACCUUAGCGCAAAUAUAUAAGGUUCAAGUUAUAACUGAAAUGACAAUUUUGAAUAGCUUAUUGUAUGGUGGUCAGUUAUAUCGGACAAUUUCGUAAACUUUAUUGCAAUUGUUGCAAUAUUACAACAUGUUGCAAAUUCUUAACUCUUUAGUGCAUACGAUGCAGGGCAAUUAUGAUAUCCAACACUAUUGACAGCUAGAGUUCAAAUUAAAACAAAUAAUUUUACAGUACAUAUGGUGCUAUUGUACCGCACUAGUGCGAUAAUUAACACAUUACGUAACUGUGUCGAAAAUUUAAAGGGCCAUAUAUACUGUAAAACGUUGUACGAUACGUGUGCGAAUGGGUAAUUUCCUAUUUUCUGCACUUGUAUCGUAAAUAACUAUUAUAUGACUUGCAUUAAAGGGUUAAGGUAAUUGCAAAGACGAGGGCUAUUAUUGGUCAGUUAUAACUAACGAUUCGUAAAUCUUAGCAAAGACAAGGUCCAGACAGUUAACAGUUAUUACACAAAGAUUGGUAGAAUGGGCAGAAUGGUCACACUUUGGAAACCUAGACACGAGUUUUUAACGGUCUCUCAUCAUCGAGAUGAAUAUGUAGGCCUUUUCCGAAGGACUUUUAUGGAAACAGAUAUGAAGUCACGAAAAAAAUGGCUAUACCGCAGAAAACGUCGGUAUCUGAUAUCCGGAGAAUGCUUGGUAUAGCAUUAGAAAAAAAGUAAACAAUCUUGACAUGUCUAAUUAUUGAAAAACACUUUUUAAAAAUCAGCGCGGAAGCGCUGGUGGCCUAGCGGUAAGAGCGUGCGACAUUCAAUCCGGAGGUCGCGGGUUCAAACCCCAGCUCGUACCAAUGACUUUGUCGGAAUUUAUGUACGAAAUAUCAUUUGAUAUUUACCAGUCGGUUUUCGGUGAAGGAAAACAUCGUGAGGAAACCGGACUAAUCCCAACAAGGCCAAACUAGGCUAAACUAGUAAACUAACCGUCUGGGUUGGAAGGUAAGAUGGCAGUCGCUUUCGUAAAAUUAGUGCCUACGUCAAAUCUUGGCAUUAGUUGUCAAGCGGACUCCAGGCUCCCAUGAGCCGUGGCAAGACGCCGGGACAACACGAGGAUGAAGCUUUUUAAAAAUCAGUAAUUGAAAGUCGUUUUUCGGUGAAGGAAAACAUCGUGAGGAAACCGAAUAAGGCCUAGUUUACCCUCCGGGUUGGAAGGACGCGAGCAAGAUGUACUUAUGAAAACAAAAGAAUGUAAAUUAUAGUAUAUGAUUUAUAAUUGUUAUAUAUUGCUAAAAAAACUAAUCGAGUAGUAAUCUAGUUUCGAACAGGAUUUGAUUCUUCGUAACCGGGUUGCGAAACAAAUUAAUUAUACAUGAACAUAUCUGCUGGAUGUCUUACAAAAAUUAUGGAUUUGUCUAUGAAUCUUUGUGUAACUAUGUAUUUUAAUAGAACUCCUUUCUAGGGUACCCAUUUGACACUAAAAUACUUGUAGGCAACAAGUAGAUUGCUUUUGUGAUAAUGUUAUUUUUGUUUUUGGCAGCUAUUUUUGGGCAGGUUUUUUUUAUAACUUUUUUAAUGGUUCUGAAGCUAUUCUGUUUAAGAUAAAUGUUUAUUGGGAACUUUAUUCUUCGAUUAUUACUAGUAAUCAGAUUUUUUGACAGAUUGCGAAAUUUACUUUUUGAUGUUGUAUGUACCUUCGUUAUUUACAAUACUCAUUAAAACUGUAUUAGUUAAGAAUUAAUUGUAAAUAAAUAAAUUGUAAACAAAGCUUCCGAACCAUAUAAAAGUAUUUUUCUUAGGUAUUUAUUUUCAUUUUAAAAUGCUUGUAUUACUUUUUUCUAUAAAAUAGUCGUUAGGAUAGGCCAAACAAUACAAUGUUGAAAAGAAACGAAGUAAAAGUAAAAUGUGUAAAUAAAAAAAUGGUAUAGAAUUUGAUUAAAAAGCGAUUUUUAAAUAAUGUUACUUAUGGAAUUUGUAUCUUAAUGGGAUGUUUUAUUUAAAUUUAGACCUUGUUUGUUCUCGCCUAAAAAUAUUAAGAAAUUUUCCCUCAUCACCUACGAGUUACGAAAAUGUAAUGACAGUUACGAAAGUGGCAAAUUUGCGGCUAAAAAUAUUUCAUUAUAAUUUGGAUUAUUUUCAUGUCUAACUAGAUCAAGGUGAUAUUAUUGUCCUCAGACCUUCGACAGGUUUCUGAUCUUGGAAUAAAUAUUAUAUAAUUAUUAUAGUAUAUUUUAUUAAGUUCUCAGAAAACCUACUAUUGCUACUACACCUUAUUACUUAUAUGUAAUUAUUUUAAUUGUGUGUGAUACAAAUAUUAUGAUUUAAAAUCUUUUGCAUUUUUGUUUAAACCUUUGAAAACUUAGUUAAAAAGUUUUAAGCGAGGACAAAACAAGAUGUAAUUAUACUAUAGUAUCAUUUAUUUAUAGACAAAAAACGCUUUAAGUAUACACUUUGUAUUGUAUGCUUGGUAUAUCGAGCGGCAGAUGUUAUAUCGGUGUCAUGUCUUUUAUCAAACGAUAUCUUGUCGGGCGAUAAAAUAAGAGACAUGAAGACUGUUAUUCAAAUGUCGUACUAUUUUGAAACAUUUGUACUGAUUAUGAGGAAAACUGUAUUUUAUAGAGAAAGGCAUUAUAUUAGUGUCAAUUAUAAGCUGUUUACAAUUUCACUUUUAAAAAAUCUAGAAAUUUACGAGAGGCAAGUUUGUUUCUCUAACGAAACAGAAAAAUUACAGAGACGAUGUUUUUUUGUUAGAUUGUUUCUUUAGGUAGUUUCCUUAAGGUUUUCUACCUUUACCAUCUACUUUCUGACAUGUUUGGAUAUGGUACGACAUUUCGAGUAAUGAAAACCGUUCAUAUUGGUUUAAGUGUAAUAUAAAUUAGAUAGGCAUAAAUUUAGAGAAAUUAUGCUCAGAAGGAAGACCGUGGUUUUUUAUUUAUUGAAACGUCCGUAAAAUAUUUUGUGCGUCCAUAAACUAUGUAGACGGGCGCAGUUUGAAGCUUCUCGUUAUAGUGUACAUCUUUUUUAUGGAAAUUAUGAAAUAAUACCUUGCCAUACGAAAAAGUUACGAAACUGUGAAGUUAGUUACGAACCUUAAUAUUUUUAUCUAAAUUUGGAAUACUUUUUUCUUUUAACAAAAAAGAUUACAAUGUUCUGUAGAUUAACCAGUGUUUACAAAUCAAAGUGUGCCCGUCAUUAGGCUUACGCAUUUAUAAUUUUUUAAGAAAAACAGCGCAAAAGUGGCUUUAUCGGUUUAUUAAAAAUGAGCUUUUAAAUCAAACGCUCUAGUCAACUAUUGAUUACUCCUAAAAGCCACUUUUGUCUUGUUCUUAUCAAAUCUGGUUUUCAGAAAGAAAUCUUAAUUGAGUCCGAAGUUCAUAUGGAAAUAUCGCGUAACCAAUGUAUGUGAUUUGUCAAACUAAUGACCAUACCUUUCUAUUGCGCGGAAUUGAGUUCAAAUACAGCAUGCAUUUUUUGUUACUUCCAUCAGGCGCAUAACUUCUCUUAGUGCUUUUAACGCAUAAUUGGGGGCCUAGUCAAGAUGACUAAUGGCAAAUAAAUAGCAAAAAAUGUAUCGGAAUGAUAAAUGCUAUGAAAAGUCACGUGACUUAUACAUUACUCAAGUUUGAUCCUUUUGUGAUCUUGGCUAGGCCUUCUGUUCUUUUAACGCAAAACUGACCUCUUUCGCGUUCAUACAAAGGCACUGGGCGAAGGCCUCAAAAUGUAAGAAUAUUUAUAUGCAUUCAAGUCACUAAGUUAGCAAAACAAUAAUAAUUAAUAAUACAAACAAUGAUAAUUAAUGAUCAAAUUGAUUAAGCUAUUGUUAUUAUUACUGUUUAAGAAGAUUUCAAGAAGAAAACCAGACAUUCAGCUUUUAUUCUAGGCUUUAGACUUAUAAUUUACCAGUUUUUUUUACAACCAGUGCUUUUCAUCGUGAAUCUUGACCAAUAGUAGUUAAAAGUAUACCUAUUUGCUCAUAAUUAACAAAAAAUAGCGCGGAAUUUUAUUUGUGAUAAAGAAAAUAGUAUAAGAAAAAAUAUGUAAAUAUUGAAUAGACUCAAGUUCCUCACUUUUGUUUCUCCGACUCUGAUUUUGUGAUACUCUGAGUUUUGGUUGGUUAGGAUUAAGUUUGGCCUUUGGCCGCCACAACUACUUUUUAGGUAGUUCGAUAUCAAAUGAUUUAGUUAUGUACUCCUUAUUCUUUCGCAUUUUUUUGUAAAGGCAUUUUUGACUACCGAUAGUAUACAUCUUAUAAGCAGGUACGAAAGUUACGAAAGUGGAAUUAUUUUAUUUUUGCAGCUCUUUUUCGUAACUCUUAAAGUUGUUCGAAGGAUACUUUAACAUAAUGGUUACUUUAUGUUUUUAAUAAUGCCUUUGAAAUAUUACGAGAAAAAAAAAAUCAAAAUAAAGUAUGGCGGCCGAAGGUUGGAAUUGACGACGUCUGUGCUUGCCUACAAUGAACCUAUUAUUUUAAAAGAAAGAUUUAAAAUAUAAAUAUGUAGCCGAAAAGACUAUUGUACAUAAAACUAGCUGGAUAACUUAUAUAACUAUACAUACAAUCAUAUUUUAUAAGUAUAAACACAUUUUUAAAAUAAACUACAGGACAAAAGUAUUAAUUUAAAAAAAUAACCGACGAUAAUAAAUAGCGAUAGAUUUAUGAAUAGAUUUAAAAAAGCGGUCUUUAACAUUUUCGUUAAAAAAGUGCACAUUAAAAAGUAAAACACUGUAGCACUUAAGACGUUUUUUUAAACAAAUUUACAUUGUGAAUAAAACGCACUAAGGAUUUAUGUAAAAAUAUGUAAUACUCUAUGGGAUUGUAAUUUAUUGGCAUGUAAAUAUUUUGUUUUUUCGGGCUAAAUGUGGUUUCUUCGCUGUUUUGUGUAUUUAAAAAAAACGCCUCAGUCAACUGCGAAGCGUCGCCGAUAAAAGACCUUGUUCUGACAGAUCUUUUUUAAAACAAUUACGUUCUAGAUACUUGCCCUUUAAGCCAUCUGACAGCUGUCAUCGGAGGCGUUUAUUAGUUGUCUAAGCGCGUUAGGCGUUUUUCCUUCGCCAACUGUAUAGAACGUUUUGCUAAUCCGGAUCCCCGCAUUCGCCAUUUUGGAAAACUUCACGAGAAGAGAUACGAUUUGUAACUAUUACCGUGUAAGCCUAUUAUUAUAUUUUGAUUACUGAAAUAUAUUUGAAAAUCAA